AAAACUUCGACAUUAUUCCCUUACGUCUUACACAGUAGGAGGACCCUGCAAAAUGGUAGCGCUUGUUUUGGAUAUACACUUCCUUUUGAAAUUGUGAUUUCAUACUUCUAUUCCACAUAGAUCUGCUUCGUUAUAUUAAAAUCACAUAAAGUUUGCAAUGAGCUUUUUCGGCUUUGGGCAGAGUGCAGAAAUUGACAUAGUCUUAGAUGGUCAAGAAAAUCGAAGAACAGCAGAAAUCAAGACAGAAGAUGGGAAAAGAGAAAAAUACUAUCUCUAUUUUGAUGGGGAAACAGUGUCUGGCAAGGUGAAUGUUAAUUUACGGAAAAGUGGCAGUAAGCUAGAACAUCAAGGAAUUAAAAUUGAGUUUAUUGGACAAAUAGAAUUGUACUAUGACAGAGGAAAUCACCAAGAGUUUACAUCUCUGGUCAAAGAAUUGGCAAGGCCAGGGGAACUUACUCAAAGUACAAAUUAUAAUUUUGAAUUUUCACAAGUUGAAAAGCCUUAUGAAUCAUACACAGGAGCAAAUGUUAGAUUACGAUACUUUCUACGGGUGACACUUGUUAAACGCAUAUCUGACACGGUCAAAGAACAGGACAUUAUAGUUCACACUUUGUCACAGUACCCUGAAAUGAACUCAAGCAUCAAAAUGGAAGUUGGUAUUGAAGACUGCUUACACAUUGAAUUUGAAUAUAACAAGUCCAAAUACCAUUUAAAAGAUGUGAUAGUUGGUAAAAUUUACUUCCUGUUGGUGCGAAUCAAAAUCAAACAUAUGGAGUUGCAAGUGAUAAAACGUGAGACCACAGGCACAGGUACUUUCACUUUCACAGGACCAAAUACUUUUAAUGAGAAUGAAACCAUAGCCAAAUAUGAAAUUAUGGAUGGAGCACCAGUACGAGGGGAGUCCAUACCAAUUAGGUUGUUUCUGAGUGGCUAUGAGUUAACACCGACCAUGAGAGACAUCAACAAGAAAUUUUCUGUCAGAUAUUAUCUGAAUUUAGUGCUGGUUGAUGAGGAGGAGAGGCGAUACUUUAAACAGCAGGAAAUAACAAUCUUCCGACGGGCUGACAAAAUUCGUAAAAACUAUCAAGCUGCUCUAUCACAUCACAAUCCUUCAUUAUUAUCUGACGGAGGUGGCAACAGCAAGACCAGCUAUCAACAGCACCAAGAGGAUGAGGAGGAAGAAGACGGUGGCAAGGAGGCUGCCGAAAAGAAAGAUGAAAAAGAGAAAUGAUGAUGAAUUCCUGUUAUUUCUUUAUGCUAUGAAUGCAAUGUUUUGUAUUUUGAUCUUCACGCUCAAGUGAUUCACAGCCUAGAGUAUCAUUAGUAUCAUAGUUAUCAUGGUCUAGUCAUUGAAAUAUAUCAUUUCAUACAGUAUCUUUUAAAAUGUUAUUUUUAGUUUUGGUCUAAGUAAUAACCCAAAAGCAAAAUUAGGAAAAAAAAGUUUUAAAUUAGUUUUGAGUUUUAGAAUACACACAUUUUGUUUUUUUAUUCAUGUACUUAAAAAGUUUUUUUGGUUAUGAUAUAAUAGACAAAAUAUUUAUUUUAGAAAUCUUUUUUUUUUUUUUGUUUUUGAAAUAGUUUUAUUUUGAUAGAUAAGUUUUGUGUGACAUGAACCAUAACAUGAUAACAAAAUGAAUGGACAAAAGAAUGUUUUCACCUUCCUAUAUAUAAAUUCCAUGAAUGCUAGCCCUGUUUUCUGUUGUGAUUUUACUCUUGAGCUUGUAACAAGACCUUUUUUUUUUAAAAUUCUUCCAUAACGUCAAUUUGAUUGGAUCCUCCCUAUUUAGAGAAUGUUUUUUCAUUCUAGAUGACUCAUUUUCUUUUUUUUUUAUUUCAAUAAGCGAUUUUUUUUUAAAAAGAAAAUUUAUAAUUGUGACUAAAAAUGUUUUUGAUGAUUCUGUUCUGUGAAUUUUAUGUUGAAUCAUCAAACAGAUUGAAGAUUUUUGUUGUCUUUUUUUUAUGUUCUAGAGUAUUUAUUUUUCCCCUUUUCAUAAUGGGCCAUCACUAGAUAAACACUGAUAUACUCAUUAUGAACGUUGUAUAACUAACUAUUCAAUACCAUUAUUUCUUAUUAAUAUUUUUGUCAUGCUUUUGGGCAUUUGUUUGAGUACAAAUUAGUUGUCCUACAAUUACAGAUUUUAUAUCUGAAUGUCUUUUUGAAAGUGAUUCUAUAAAAUAGCAAGGAUUUCUAUCAAUAAAUAAAUUUAUAAAAUAAGUUCAAACAUUAUCUUUUUGGAAUUUACAUAAAGCAGUUUAUUUACAGCGAAUGGGCAAACUGUCAGACAUCAGCCAAUGGGCUAGCUGAUCCCAGUUCUAAUGGUCAUAAUCAUGGGUUAUUUGUUUAUUUUUUCCGUGAGUUUGGCACAGAGAGAAAACAUUGGACACACUUGAGUUUUUUUUGUACUGAUAGCACUUGAAAAUGGGCAAUACGAGUUAGCCACUGCUAACAUCAGCGCCUGGGGAUUGCUUUUCGUAUUCCUCUAAUGCACUUGCAACUGAAAGGUCGAAGUUGGUAUCUCCCAAAUUUGGCUCUAAUGAUAGACAUACAUAGACUUGUUUGUGAGAAAGGCUUGCGUGUCUAUUAUCACCCACAGUUUGCCCCAGCCCAUUGUAAAUCUCUGUAUUUUCUUUGUACAUUUGAAACUCAGUUUGUAAUGUCAUUGUUUUCCCUCCAUUUCAAAUAAACCUGUACCACUUUUUUAAAAGUUAAACCCUCUUAUUACAAAUGUGAUAUAAUAUAUAUAUAAAACCUUUUGCUGGAGAAUUGUGUUUUUUUUUUAAAUUGUUAGUAAAUGUGCUACCAAUUGGUCAGUGGUUUCCAAAAUGCACCAUGUUACCUUGGACUGUACCAAUUUUUUUUUUUUUUUUUUUUAAUUUUUUUUUAAUCAGGUGUGGAUUUGUUUGAAGCCAAAAAAAGGUGCCUUGGAAAAAGAAGUUAGCAAAAGUGACUUGAAAUUUGAGAACCACUAUCCUGAAUUAUUCAGUUUGAGGAGAGCAAAUAAAAAGAGUCUUGACAUUUUAAAAGAGAAACCUUGCAGUUUUGUAUUGCAAAUAUUUGUAGUUAGGACUAUAUUUUAAAAAUUAUUUUUUGAAAGACUUAAUAAGAAAAAAAACGAUAGAACCCUUAACAAAAUAAGCAAGUAAAAUAAAAAAAAAGUUCUUUUAAAAAAAUACAAUUCCUCUAUGAAGCUGAUGACUUUCGGAAGAGUGAAUAUUUUACUCUCAAUGACUAAAGAAUGAUAAAUUUAAACCAAAAUGUAUUAUUUUUUUAUCCCACCCCAAUUCCCUCUCCCCUUGAACAAAAAUCCUGGUUAAGGGUGUAUACAUUUAUUCAGUCAGGGUAUAUAAAAUUCUAAUGAUAGGCCUUUAGAUAUAGACCUAGUAGAUGGUUCACACAUUUUCUUAAAUGUUUUAUUAAUUUAUUAAAUUCUUAAAUAUGGAAAUAUCUGAACACAUAAUAGUCUUUAUCAAGAUAAAGAUUGACUAGCCAAAUUUGAAAAAUUAUGUCAAACUAGAGUUUUCCCUGUGUGGCCAAAUAGCUAGUAAUUCAUUUUUGAGAAUGUGUCCACCCAAGUUUCACCCAUGAAUUUGCAAUCUGAAUAGAGGAAUUGUAAAAAAAAAAAAAAAAAAAAAAAAAAAAAAGCCCAAGAACUAGGGACUACUAAUGACAUUUGUUUACUUUUUUAUUUAAAAUCUAUCAUCAAUUAAACUUUGCUCAUGUUAGGCAUGCUUGUAUCAUUUUAAUGAUCAUUUUAAGUGGCUGAUCACAACCAAUUUGUUUUGUAUAAGACCUUUAGAUUUAGAAAAGUAUGCAAUCAUUUUUUUCUUUUUCAAUUUCAACUGUGUACAAGUUUUGUUCUCUGGAUCUUUUGUGUUCAUGUUAUGAUUUCUUAGAAGUAGUCGAAUUCAUCAAUUAAUGAAAUGAUUGCUCCUGUGUAGAGAGACAAUGGAUGCACCCAAAGGAUUCCUCUUCAGGGGAUUAAGGGGUCAUGGUCCCUCUAUUUACCCUGCUGAUGUGUUUCAAAAGAAGGCUAAGCAUUACAUUUGGCACCAAUUCACUCACUUUUUGAAUUAUCUUCAAUAUUUGUCGAUCAUUAGCACAGAUAUUUAUAUAUAUUAUCUUAGUAUGUAUUUGUGGACCUAAAUGAGGAAAUGUGCUCUCUACAUUAAAUGUUACUAACUGUCAUCUGACUAUAUUCAGUCAAGAAACAAAUGUUUUCAUCUUGAACUAUUUCAUGAUUGACCUUGGUCAUUAAUGACAGUUUUUAACUAAGGUAUAUAGUUCUUCCAUGAAAUACAGGGUUCAGCUUGGAGCCGCUUUAGUGUCACACACAGCUUGUCCCAUAGACAAAUGUAUUUAUCAGGUUAAAGGUACAUGCAGAGGAAGUUUUGUAUUAUUGUUUAAUGAUGACUAUUAUGCUGAAACUUUUAUUACUGAACUCAAUGUAAAACAUUCCAUAUCAAAUAAAACUUUCAUUUUUCUCAAAUUGUAGUAGUUCUAAGGGCUUAACUUUGUUGUUUUUUUUAGGUCAUUUCCUUUAAACUUAAAGAAAGAGAUACAAGCCCUUGACUAACUUAUAAAUGAAUUUAUAAAUCUUAAUGUUGUGAAGGUUUUUUUAUGCCUUAGAAUACAAUUAGUGUUCUAUGGUUCUAGCACCUAUGAUUCUAACAAAUAGUAUUUCUUUUUAGGCAAGUUAUCCUGACAGGUCAAGAAGAUAAGGACAUAUUGUACAUGCUUAAAAUUUCUUUUUGUGAAAGUAUUGAAAGCUUGCAAAGUUAUUGCUGAGUGAACAACUUGCAUCACUAAUCAGUUUGUUAUAUUUUUGUCUUGUACAGAAAAAGCUUUUUUUUCCUUCUCUUUAUGUGAUAGAAGUAGGCAUGUUGGAAGCCUCGUCUGUUGUUGUAUGGCAUGAUUGAAGUAGUUUUUUCAUCAAAGUUUUGUUGUGCUGUUUGAGUGACUGGAUUUCAUUUAGUCUGGUCUAAUAGAUGAAUGCCUGUUAUCUUUUGUGCAAUAAAGUUACAAAUGAA